GGGCGCGCACACCCCACCGGAGGGGCUCCGAGGCGGGAGCCGAGCGCACAGGCGCACACGGGAGCGCGCACACACGCACACACACACACACUCUCUGUCUCACACGCUGACUUGCUCUCUUUCUAACACACACACACAGAGAGAGCUUUACUAUCGCUCUCCCGCUGUACUCCCUCCUCACUCAGCAUUCAAACAGCUUGCCGGCAUCACCAGCCAAGGAUUUUUCCCCCCGGCCGCUGUCCGUCCAUCAGUACCUGAGGGGGGAGGAGGAGCAGGGAGAAAAGAGGAAUAAGUAUAUUCAUAAUAAUAACAACAGCCAAAACCCACCACCACAUCUGCGUUAGGGCGGCAGUAGCCUGUAGGUCUCCUCUCGGCUCAUCGCUUGCCUGGUAUCUCCGCUGAUCGGUUUGUUGGGUUAGACUUUGGUUCAAGUUAAAAAACAAAACAAAACAAAACAAAAAAAAACCUUCGCUGUUCAGCCAGGUCCAUUCCCCCCCCCCCCCCCUGCAGUCUCUCUGGUUUGGGGCUUUUUCUUUUCCUUCACAUGGUGGAUUUGGUGGAUCCGGAGCCAAAGCUUUGCGCGGUGCUGGGGUUUCCUCUGUGCCUGUGUUUUUUUGUUGUUGUUUUUUCCCCCCUUUCUUCUUCUCUCCUUUAAAUCUUGGUUUUGAACCUGAGCCUGGGAAAAUGGGAAACGGUGCUUCCGACAGAAGGGGAAUCGCUCCAUCGCUGUUGUUGGGACGCGUGCCUGUGGCGCUAGUGUUUUAGAGAAAUAGCCUGACAGCUAUCGGAGUGGAAGAGCAACAGUGGAAGAGGCUGCAAUCUAAAGAGUUUUUUAAAUUAACUUGGCAUCACUUUUGUCUGCUCACACUUGUAAACAGAAAGCGAAAAGACACUCAUUGAUAAGAGAUAAGCAACUUCUCAAAGGUUAAAGCUGAAAACAUUCAAGUUUUAUUUUUUGGAUAACAGAGGCCAAAUGACAUAGGAUGAAGGCUGUUCGUAAUUUGCUGAUUUAUAUAUUUUCCACCUAUCUACUGGUUAUGUUUGGAUUUAAUGCUGCCCAAGACUUCUGGUGUUCCACGCUGGUGAAGGGGGUCAUUUAUGGAUCGUAUUCUCUAAAUGAAAUGUUUCCUAAAAACUUUACAAACUGCACUUGGACGCUGGAAAAUCCAGAUCCGACCAAAUAUAGUAUUUACCUGAAAUUUUCCAAAAAGGACUUCAGCUGCUCCAACUUUUCCCUUUUGGCUUAUCAGUUUGAUCAUUUUUCCCAUGAAAAAAUAAAGGAUCUUUUAAAAAAUAACCAUUCUAUAAUGCAGCUCUGCGAUUCCAAGAAUGCUUUUGUAUUUCUGCAAUAUGAUAAAAAUUUUAUUCAGAUACGCCGGGUUUUUCCCAUCGAUUUCCCAGGAUUACACAAAAAGGAAGAAGACCAAAAAUCUUUCUUUGAGUUUUUGGUGUUGAAUAAGGUGAGCCCAAGCCAGUUUGGUUGCCAUGUAUUAUGCACUUGGCUAGAGAACUGCCUGAAAUCCGAGAACGGGAGAACCGAGUCCUGUGGGAUCAUGUAUACAAAAUGUACCUGCCCUCAGCAUUUGGGAGAAUGGGGAAUAGACGACCAGUCCCUGGUGUUGCUCAGCAAUGUGGUGCUGCCCCUCAAUGAGCAGACGGAGGGGUGUCUGACCCAGGAGCUGCAAACUACCCAGGUCUGCAACCUUAGCAAAGAAGCUAAACGGCCGCCAAAAGAAGAAUUUGGAAUGAUGGGAGAUCACACAAUUAAAAGUCAGCGACCUCGAUCUGUUCAUGAGAAAAGGGUCCCUCAGGAACAAGCUGAUGCUGCUAAAUUUAUGGCACAAACUGGUGAAUCUGGUGUUGAAGAGUGGGCCCAAUGGAGCACAUGUUCAGUUACUUGUGGUCAAGGGUCGCAGGUGCGAACCAGAACUUGUGUAUCACCUUACGGGACACACUGCAGCGGCCCUUUAAGAGAAUCAAGGGUUUGCAAUAACACUGCCCUCUGUCCAGUACAUGGAGUUUGGGAGGAGUGGUCACCUUGGAGCUUGUGUUCAUUCACAUGUGGUCGAGGCCAAAGAACAAGAACAAGGUCAUGUAUACCUCCACAGUAUGGGGGAAGAUCGUGUGAUGGACCUGAAACACAACAUAAACCUUGCAAUAUUGCUCUCUGCCCCGUUGAUGGACAGUGGCAAGAGUGGAGUUCAUGGAGUCAGUGCUCAGUGACGUGUUCCAAUGGCACGCAGCAGAGAAGUCGACAGUGCACUGCGGCUGCUCAUGGAGGUUCUGAAUGCAGAGGUCCUUGGGCUGAAAGCAGAGAGUGCCAUAACCCAGAAUGUACAGCUAACGGUCAGUGGAACCAAUGGGGUCACUGGAGUGGAUGUUCCAAGUCAUGUGAUGGUGGCUGGGAAAGGCGAAUAAGGAUUUGUCAAGGUGCAGCUGUGACUGGGCAACAGUGUGAAGGAACUGGUGAGGAAAUCAGACGAUGCAGUGAACAGAAGUGCCCUGCACCUUAUGAAAUAUGUCCUGAAGAUUAUUUGAUGUCAAUGGUGUGGAAAAGGACCCCAGCUGGUGACAUGGCAUUCAAUCGAUGUCCUCUCAAUGCCACAGGCACCACUAGCAGACGCUGCUCUCUCAGUGUUCAUGGAGUGGCCUUCUGGGAACAACCAAGCUUUGCUAGAUGCAUAUCAAAUGAGUACAGACACUUGCAGCAUUCAAUUAAAGAGCAUCUGGCCAAAGGACAGAGGAUGCUGGCUGGUGAUGGAAUGUCCCAGGUGACCAAAACACUGUUGGAUUUAACUCAGAGGAAAAACUUUUAUGCAGGGGAUCUUCUGAUUUCUGUGGAAAUUCUCAGAAACGUGACAGACACAUUUAAAAGGGCAAGUUAUAUCCCUGCAUCUGAUGGUGUCCAGAACUUCUUUCAAAUAGUUAGUAACCUGCUAGAUGAAGAGAACAAAGAGAAAUGGGAAGAUGCACAGCAGAUCUAUCCAGGAUCAGUGGAGCUAAUGCAGGUGAUUGAAGAUUUUAUACACAUUGUUGGAAUGGGGAUGAUGGACUUUCAGAAUUCAUACCUAAUGACUGGAAAUGUAGUGGCUAGCAUUCAGAAGCUUCCUGCAGCAUCUGUUCUAACAGACAUCAAUUUCCCAAUGAAAGGAAGAAAAGGAAUGGUUGACUGGGCACGAAAUUCAGAAGACAGGGUUGUCAUUCCAAAAAAUAUCUUCACUCCUAUGUCAUCAGAACUAGAUGAAUCCACUGUAUUUGUGCUUGGAGCGGUGCUGUACAAAAAUUUAGAACUCAUUUUGCCCACUUUAAGAAAUUUUACUGUUGUUAAUUCCAAAAUCAUUGUCGUCACUAUAAGGCCUGAACCUAAAACAGCGGAUUCAUUUCUAGAGAUAGAGUUAGCACAUCUGGCUAAUGGCACAUUGAAUCCCUAUUGUGUGCUGUGGGAUGAUUCAAGAAUGAACGACUCUUUGGGAACCUGGUCCACCCAGGGAUGUAAAACUGUGCUUACCGAUGCAUCCCAUACGAAAUGCUUAUGUGAUCGUCUCUCUACCUUCGCCAUUUUGGCUCAGCAACCUAGAGAAAUAAUCAUGGAAUCAUCUGGUGCCCCCUCAGUAACCCUAAUAGUAGGCAGUGGUCUCUCAUGCUUGGCCUUGAUCACCCUAGCAGUUGUCUAUGCAGCACUAUGGAGGUACAUCAGAUCGGAGAGGUCAAUAAUUCUAAUUAAUUUCUGCCUAUCUAUUAUCUCAUCAAAUAUUCUUAUACUGGUUGGACAAACUCAGACACAUAAUAAGGGCAUCUGCACCACGACCACCGCAUUUUUACACUUCUUCUUCUUAGCUUCGUUCUGUUGGGUUUUGACAGAAGCGUGGCAGUCGUACAUGGCUGUUACUGGAAAAAUUAGGACACGACUCAUAAGGAAACGCUUUUUGUGCCUUGGAUGGGGUUUACCAGCAUUAGUAGUGGCAAUAUCAAUAGGCUUUACCAAGACGAAAGGAUAUGGAACAUCUCACUACUGCUGGCUGUCUCUCGAAGGAGGACUACUCUAUGCGUUUGUUGGACCUGCGGCUGCUGUUGUCUUGGUCAACAUGGUGAUUGGCAUUUUGGUAUUUAAUAAACUUGUUUCCAGAGAUGGGAUCCUAGAUAAAAAGCUCAAACACAGAGCGGGUCAGAUGAGUGAGCCUCAUAGCGGUUUGACGCUCAAAUGUGCCAAGUGUGGAGUAGUUUCAACAACAGCUUUGUCAGCCACCACCGCCAGUAAUGCCAUGGCAUCCCUUUGGAGUUCCUGUGUUGUGUUGCCUCUUCUUGCUCUGACGUGGAUGUCGGCAGUUCUGGCCAUGACAGACAAAAGAUCAAUAUUAUUUCAGAUACUCUUCGCAGUAUUUGAUUCAUUGCAAGGCUUUGUUAUUGUCAUGGUCCACUGCAUUCUCCGAAGAGAGGUUCAAGAUGCAUUUAGAUGUCGAUUAAGAAACUGCCAAGAUCCAAUCAAUGCAGAUUCUUCAAGCUCUUUUCCUAAUGGACAUGCUCAGAUCAUGACAGAUUUUGAAAAAGAUGUGGACAUUGCUUGUCGGUCAGUUCUACAUAAGGAUAUUGGACCAUGCAGAGCAGCUACAAUAACAGGAACACUUUCUAGAAUUUCACUAAAUGAUGACGAAGAAGAGAAAGGAGCAAACCCUGAAGGUAUGAGCUAUUCAACAUUGCCCGGAAGCAUCAUUUCUAAAGUCAUCAUUCAGCAGCCGACAGGCCUCCACAUGCCUAUGAGCAUGAGUGAGCUGGCCAAUCAGUGUUUGAAAAAAGACAACAGUGAGUUGCGGCGGACUGUGUAUUUAUGCACUGAUGAUAACUUGAGAGGUGCAGACAUGGACAUAGUCAAUCCUCAAGAACGGAUGAUGGAAAGUGACUAUAUUGUCAUGCCCAGAGGUUCAGUAAACACCCAGCAAUCAUUGAAAGAUGAGAGCAAAUUGAAUAUAGGCAUGGAUACCUUGCCUCAUGAAAGGCUGUUGCACUAUAAAGUUAAUCCGGAAUUCAACAUGAAUCCCUCUGUAAUGGACCAAUUCAAUAUCAAUUUAGAUCAGCAUCUUCCCACCCAGGAACAUAUGCAGAAUUUGGCCUUUGAGCCCCGCACAGCAGUAAAGAACUUCAUAGCCUCCGAGUUGGAUGACAAUGCAGGAUUAGCAAGAAGCGAAACUGGAUCCACAAUAUCAAUGAGUUCUUUAGAGAGAAGAAAAUCACGUUAUUCGGACCUUGACUUUGAAAAGGUUAUGCAUACAAGGAAGAGGCACAUGGAAUUGUUUCAGGAAUUAAAUCAGAAAUUUCAGACUCUGGACAGAUUUCGGGACGUACCAAAAUCAGGAAGUAUGAACAAACAUCCAGACUGCAAUUCAGAAACCAAAUUUGCAGUGCAGCAAGAGAAGCAGUGUUGUUCUAGGAGGCACAAGAGGCAAAAUCACGUGACCUUCGAUUUCUGUCAGGAACCAAAUGGAGGUCAAAUGGAAAACCCAACACCAAACAAGGCUCCAUGGGACAGUUUCAAAAACACGAAUGAAUACCAACACUAUACCACAAUAAACGUAUUAGAUACAGAGGCAAAAGAUGCUUUAGAACUAAGACCAGCAGAAUGGGAGAAGUGUCUGAACUUGCCUUUAGAUGUGCAGGAAGGUGACUUUCAAACAGAAGUUUAACAAAAUCAAAACAAACUGAAAUGAAAACAAAACAAAAAUGAAUUCAUUGCACUGACGCUAAAGAGACUUGGGAAGCCUGACAUUUGUGUCUGAACAUUGUGACUACUUUAUGUCAGGAUCUUCAUGUGCCAAAUGUCAGUGGGAUUUUUUCGUACAAUAUAUUCCCACUAGUAAAGUUAGUGGAGAACCAGGUGUACAAUUCUUACCAUCGUGUGUUGUAAGUACCCGUGGAAUGGAUUUGUAAGGUAAUCUUUAUAGAUAAACCUCAAGCAACGAUUCAUGUUGUAACAGCUUCAUUUGGUUUAGUUUUCAAAAAACUUCACCAUGAAGCACAAUGUAUAUAUUUAUGCAGUUUUUAAAGUUUAUAACAGUCUGUUUGGCCAUUACUACACUUUUUACUUUAUAAUAUAAAAGCAAAGUUUUUGUCAUUAAAUGAAUGUCUGUUGAGCUACAUUCUUCAUUGCUUUAAAUGCAAUAAAGUAAUAAUCUCACUUUUAUAUGAAUAAUAUAUUUCACAUCUUUAUUAUUGCAGUUUUCUCUGGAAAGCUCAGAGUAGCUUUCUCUGCUGCAGCUGUGUAUAAAAUAUUUAAAAUGUUGUAUGGUGUAAAUAAACUUUUGUCUACAUAUCA